GCCAGUGAUGGUGCUUCAUCGGGCCAUCCAGGCGGCUCGAGCCGGGGACCUGACAGCCCUGAGGGAGCUAGCAUCUGCUGGCCAUCUCUUACCUGCCAUCACUGAUGCUCAAGGUGCUGGACCGGUGCACCACGCAGCGAGGUGUGGUCGCCUGGAGUGCCUGCAGUUCCUGGUGAUGGAGCUGGGACUGGCAGCUGAUGCCCGGGCCUUGAACAGAGCCACGCCAGCACAUGAUGCGACAGCUACCGGACACAUCCGGGAGCUGCAAUGGCUGGCAGACCAAGGAGGCUGCAACAUCGAGGACAGGGAUGCUGCCGGGGCCACAGCGCUCCACAUCGCAGCCCGGUUCGGUUGUGUAGAAGUCAUUAAGUGGCUGCUUUCUGUUGGAGGAGUGGCAGAGGUGGAGACCAACUGUGGAGCUGUACCUGCUCACUACUCUGCAGCCAGCGGGGACCUCACCUGUUUAAAACUGCUCCUUCAGCAGGCACCUGGAUGUGUGAACCACCAGACGGUCAUCGGUGCUACUCCGCUCUAUCUGGCCUGCCAGGAAGGGCACCUGCAUGUUGUAGAGUACCUUGUGAACGACUGCGGGGCUGAUGUCCACCUGAGGGCCCACGAUGGCAUGACCUGCCUGCAUGCUGCUGCUCACAUGGGCCACCAGGCUGUGGUGGUGUGGCUGGCGACGUGCACCGAUGUCAGCCUGUCCUGCCAGGACAGAGAUGGAGCAACUGCUUUGCACUUUGCUGCCAGCAGAGGGCACUAUUGCAUCUUGGAGAGCCUGCUUCACAUGGGUUCAAAGGUCAUCAAGGAUUACUGGGGAGGGACCCCACUUCAUGAUGCUGCAGAGAAUGGAGAGCUAGAGUCCUGUAAAAUUCUGUUGGCCAAUCAAGCGAACCCUACAGACCAUGAUAUUGAUGGGCUCACAGCGGCAGACUUGGCAGAGUACAAUGGACACCAUGAAUGUGCCAGAUAUCUUUUUGCCAUGGAGAAAAAUUAUUUGCAGACAGCCUGUGCAGAAAAGCCCAUCGAGGUAACCGUUCCAGUGCAGGAGGAGGUGAAGGUGAAGCCGGCUGUGUUGUUGCACUGCAGCAGGGAGGACUACUACGGCUGCCUGAGUGACACAUGCAGGGACAGCUACAGCAGUGACACACCAAUGGACAGUUUAAAGCAACCUGAGAGUGAGGAGCCCCCACAGGCGAGAUACCCUCAGUCCCCUCCUGCAGCGCCGGCACCUCCUGCUUCAUCCACACCCGCCCAGCCAGCAAAAACAGCUGUCAGCAGAAUCGAGCAGGUUCAAAUCGCAACAUCUGUUAUCAAAGGUUUGAAUCAGCCCAAGGCCACUGGGAGGGAGAUAUCUGUCUCGGCUGACAGGACGAUGUUGCCUGAUGCAAACCUCCUGGCCGAAAGAAAACUUCUUGGCGACAUGAAGUCCAUUAAAUCCUUGAAACAAUCCGGGUUAUCAGGAGUCUUCACCGGGCAAGCAAACAAGAUGGUGGUCCUGCCCACCGAGGAGGCCAACCUGUCGGACAUCGACUACCUGGUGCCCACUCACGAUGAGAGAGGCCGCCCCAUUGCUGAGUGGAAGAGGCAAGUCAUGGUGAGACAGCUGCAGGCCAGGCUGCUGGAUGAGGAAGAUCAGAGGAGGAAGGAAAAUGGGAACAGAUAUGCCAAAGUCAGCUGGAGGUACUCCCAAGCCCACAAUGCCAUCCUGGGGCCCUCUGGUGAGCUGCUGGCUGAGGAUGACCUCAUCUAUCUGGAGCAGCAGAUUGCCAACGUCUCCAUGCAGAGGAACUGUGAAGGCUACGAGCUGGAGCUCGCUCGCCUAGCUGAGGAGCUCAGGCACAUCCUGCCGGCCCCCAUAGUGAACAUCACCGUCAACACACAGUUCAGAAACUUCUCCAGUCAAGUUCCUCUACCCGUGUGGUGCGGCCGCAUCUCGGGCAUCGUGAAGAGCAUGUCUCUGCUCAUGACCAAUCUGACAGACCAGCCCUACUGCAAGAUGCCCAACACCGACCUGAUCACCGUGUUCUCUCAGACGCCAGAGAGACAGAACUCCACCAGGGGUCGCAGGGAGAGGAUAGAGGAUGAAAUCCAUCAGUUUGGAGUGUCUGUAAGGACUCUGAAGUCUAAUUUUGAGACACAGAACUCACCUUUGUCAGAUCCGCCGGAGGAGGCUGUAGUGUUAAGUUCUUCAACACAGCUCGAGGCCCCAGAGUCGGACAAGCAGCUAAAAGUGUUGAGCCCGGCCCCAGAAACAGACCAGAACAGUGACUCCGGCAUUGACUAUGAUGAAAAUGUUGCAGAUGUUCUCGAGUCCACCAGCCUUCGGAAGGAGCGUAUAGUCGUGCUGUUCUUGGGCCACUGGAAGAAGUCUGCCUACACGGUGGCGCUGAAGAGCAAGGAUGCGGCAGAGAGGAAGAUGAGUGGCGGGAACCCGUCGAUGGGAGACAAAGCAGGGUCCGGCGGCGUGGAGAGCGCCCAGUCCAAGAUGAUGAACAGCUCUCUGGGACAUUUCUUCAAGCAGAGGAGUGCUGUCAACAAGAUGCUGGGGAACUGGAGGAGCAUGAUCUCCAGUGUCCCGUCCAGACAGAUACGCAGGCUCCACAGGCAGCAAGCCCUGUACUCCCCAGAGCAGUUCCUGCCCCGUCUGGAUGGCGUGCCGGUGGAGUACGACAACCUGACGCUGGAUCUCUUCAUGCUGGGCUACUUUCACAUCCUGGAGUUGGAGCUGCCUGUGGACGAACGCAAAAUGAGGCACCUGCUGUGUUUCGAGGUGUUCGACCACGUGGGGAGCUUCCCCUGGGAGCUGGUCAGGGACUUCCAUAAGGCUGUCAUACAGGACAUUGAGGCUGGGAACCGCGAGUGGAAGGACGGCUUUGAGGACAUUAAGGUGAAGUUCUUUGGGAAUGCUGUGAGUCAGUCUGAGAGCACUGUAGAAGUGGUGAAACAUAGCCUCCCAGAGGUUAGACAGGUCCCUAAGGUCAUAGUGCAGACGCCCACACCCGAUGAGGGGAUGCUGCACUGCGGAACUGACAUUUCCAGUUUUAGCAAUGAAGAAAUUUGUAAGUACAUUGACCGGAGUUUUGCUUUUUGGAAAGAGAAGGAGGCAGAGAUAUUUGAUUUUGAGUAG